CCACCACACACAUCUCCACCAAACUUAGCAUCAGCUUUCACAGCUCAAGAAUGGCGAAUUCAGUAGUUGGAAGGAUCAAGUUGGGUUCCCAAGGCCUCCAAGUGUCGGCACAGGGCCUUGGAUGCAUGGGGAUGUCUGCUUUCUACGGUCCACCGAAGCCAGAACCCGACAUGAUUGCUCUCAUCCACCAUGCAAUAAACUCUGGUGUUACCCUUCUUGAUACCUCCGAUGUUUAUGGUCCCCACACCAAUGAAAUCCUUGUCGGAAAGGCACUCAAAGAUGGUUUUAGAAACAAGGUCGAACUGGCAACUAAGUUUGGUAUAGCUUUUAUCGAUGGGAAAAGUGAAAUCCGGGGUGACCCUGCUUAUGUGAGGGCGGCUUGUGAAGGUAGCUUGAAACGUCUUGGUGUUGAUUAUAUUGAUCUUUAUUAUCUGCAUCGGGUGGAUACCAGGGUCCCUAUUGAAGUCACGAUUGGAGAACUUAAGAAACUAGUUGAAGAAGGGAAAGUGAAGUACAUAGGUUUAUCUGAGGCGUCUGCAUCGACUAUUAGGAGGGCUCAUGCUGUUCAUCCAAUAACUGCUGUGCAAUUGGAGUGGUCAUUGUGGUCUAGAGAUGCGGAGGCAGAUAUUGUUCCUACUUGCAGGGAACUUGGGAUUGGGAUUGUUGCUUACAGUCCUUUGGGGAGAGGGUUCUUUUCAUAUGGGCCGAAAAUGGUGGAAACUUUGGGCGAGGGUGACUUCAGAAAGCAUAUGCCAAGGUUCCAAGGCGAAAAUCUCGAGCAUAACAAACGACUGUAUGAUCGUGUUAACGCGAUAGCAACAAAGAAAGGGUGCACCCCAUCACAGCUUGCAUUGGCCUGGGUUCAUCACCAAGGGAACGAUGUGUGUCCCAUUCCUGGAACCACCAAGGUCGAAAACUUCAACCAGAACAUCCAAGCUUUGUCCAUAAAAUUAACACCUGAAGAGAUGGUGGAGCUGGAAUCCAUUGCUUCAGCAGAUUCCGUGAAGGGAGACCGAUAUAGCGCAGCUAUCACAACCUACCGUGAGUCUGAUACUCCUCCCUUGUCUUCAUGGAAACCUACCACAUCGAUAUAACCUUCAGUACGAGUUAUGGAACUAAUGCAAGACCUUGGUAGUGUUUCCAUAAACAAUAAGUCUCUACUUUGUUUUGAGAGAACAAAUAUUCCGUUGGAUGUAAUAAGAGGUCUUUUGAUGAUAUAUGGCAAGCUUGGUUGUAGGUUUGUCGGCA